AUGCUUCUUGCAGGGGGAUCCAACCUGGAGGAAGCAUUUGCCAAUGCAGGCCUUGGCAUGUACAAUUACAUGACGCCCUUGACUGAGAUUGUACCAUCCUGCACCUGGGAUUUUGAGGUCGAAGGGCAUGAUGAGCAGUCGCUGCUGUACAACUUCCUAGAUGAGCUGCUCUUUGUCUUUUCCACAGACUUGCUGGUCUGCUGCGAGCUUGAAGUGCUCCACCUCGACCGGGAAACAUGGAAGAUACGUGCCUGCGGGAAGGGCGAGAAUUUUGUGAGGGGCCAACAUGCAUCUGGGACAGAGAUCAAGGCCAUUACGUACAGCGCAAUGCAGAUCACCGAAAAGGACAACGAUGCGGAGGUCUUUGUCAUCGUGGACAUCUGA